AAGAAAUUCUCUAACAUGAAUGGAAAGAGUACGACGAAGCCCAAGCCCAUAUUGAUAGGUCUGUCUGCAGAGAAGCACAGCAACGAACAAGCUCCGUCUCCCUCAGGCAGCCAGAACAAUGCGUUGGCCAAUUCACCUCUCAUCUUCCACAACUCGCCUCCUUCGAUUUCGCUUCACACCUUUCCAAACCCAUUCCUCUUUUCACAACAACAACAACAACAACUUCACCGCACAAAACCCUAAUUCCAAUCCCGUUUCCAUUCACAUUCCCGCCGUUGAUCACACCACCGUUCACCAAACCCUAACAUCCUUCAACAACGACUGGAAACGCGCACUCGAAUUCUUCAAUUGGGUAGAAACCGAAUUCAAAUUCAAUCACUCUACAGAAACAUAUAACCUAACCCUAGACAUCCUCGGCAAAUUCUUCGAGUUUCAACAAUGCUGGAACUUAAUUCACAAAAUGCGUAACAAUCCUCACUCUUUCCCCAAUCACACCACCUUCCGCGUCAUGUUCAAACGCUACGUCUCCGCUCACUGCGUCGAAGACGCAGUCACCACUUUUCAACGCCUCAAUGAGUUCAAUUUGAAAGACGAAACCUCUUUCGCCAACCUCAUCGACGCUCUCUGCGAAUAUAAACAUGUACUCGAAGCGCAAGACUUGGUUUUCGGUAAGAAAAAGACUCUUAAUUUAGCUUGGAAUGUUGAUGGGGUUGAUGGGGUUGUGAGUAGUAAAAAUACUAAGAUAUACAACAUUGUUCUUCGUGGUUGGUACAAAUUGGGAUGGUGGAGUAAGUGUUGGGAGUUUUGGGAUGAAAUGGAUAAAUUAGGGGUUCAAAAGGAUCUACAUUCGUAUUCGAUUUAUAUGGAUAUUUUGUCAAAAGGUGGAAAGCCUUGGAAAGCUGUGAAAUUGUUUAAGGAGAUGAAGAGAAAAGGUAUUGAAUUAGAUGUUGUUGUUUAUAACAUUGUGAUUAGAGCAAUUGGUGUUUCUCAGGGUGUUGAUUUCUCUAUUAGGUUAUUUCGAGAAAUGAAGGAUUUGGGUUUUAGUCCUACUGUUGUUACUUAUAAUACUAUCAUUAGGCUUUUGUGUGAUAAUUAUAGAUAUAAGGAAGCUCUUACGUUGCUUCGAACAAUGCGUCAGAAUGGUUGUUCUCCUAAUGCUGUUUCUUAUCAAUGCUUUUUUUCUUGUCUUGAGAAACCUAAGUUUAUAAUUGAGUUGUUUGAUGGGAUGAUUGAGAGUGGGGUUCGUCCUACUAUGGACACGUAUGUUAUGCUCCUCAAGAAGUUUGGGAGGUGGGGGUUUCUUCGAUUGGUUUUUCUGGUGUGGAAUAGAAUGGAAGAACUUGGAUGUAGUCCCGAUGCGUCUGCUUAUAAUGUUUUGAUUGAUGCUCUCGUGGAGAAAGGGUUGAUAGAUAUGGCUAGGAAGUAUGAUGAAGAGAUGUUGGCCAAAGGGCUUUCGUCUAAGCCGAGGAAAGAGUUGGGUACAAAGGCUUUGGGAGGAGAAUUUGUUGAGGAAUAGGUCCUUCCUUUCGAGACAGAGUUAGGAACAAAGAGUUGGGACUUUCUCUGUUACUGAUAUCAAUAUCAGGAAACUGAUGCCACCUUCACAUUUCGAGACAUAGUGACAUUUGUUAACCUCAAACUCAGUCCGUUUCUUAUCCUUGCAAAUUUAUUUCUCAUUUGAUGGACCUUGUUUCCAAAAUACUAUGCAGAUUUGAGCUGGUUUGAGAAAUGCCAAAAGAAACAAUCAGAGAGAACAGCAAAACUGAACUCAUACAUGCUGUGUGAUGAAGCCUUACUUCAUUUGUCUUUUUCCCAAAGCUAUGUUUUAUUAAUUGGAUUGAGCUUACUAAACCAAUGAUUGUUGUUUGAACAUAGCAGUAGGCCAAAUCUAAGCUGUAGUUAUUGAGCGGAUGCAACUUAUUUCCUUGUAUGGGAGGGCUUGACCGGGUUCACUUUGUGUUUGAAUCACUGGCCUGUAGGGCUGUCAAAUACCAUUGAUGUGCAGAUGGAAGUUUAAUGAUGGUUGCUGGUUUCCCAUAGCUCCAACAGACAACGGUUUAUCAGCGGCUGAAGUCAUAUUGUUUUCACGCCUAGUUUUAUGAUGCUUAUCUUGUGAGUUGUUGGCUUCAGUAAGUAACCAAGUAUUAUCUUAUCAUGUACUAUCUGGGUUGAUAAUUUAUUUUCAACAA